AAUUCACAUUUCAGUUUUUUUCAUCCAUCUCUCUUUCACCAAAGCUUUAAUGGAGUACAGCUCUGAUGAAGAGUCAGAUAUCAGCGAAUCUGAGAUUAGUGACUACUCUCAGAAGCCAUAUGAAGAUUUAAGGGCGGGUAAAUACAAGGUUAAAAAUCUGAAUGGCACUGUUAGAUGUCCUUAUUGUGCUGGGAAGAAGAAACAAGAUUACAAAUAUAAGGACUUGUUGCAACAUGCAUCUGGAGUGGGUAAGGGUUCUGCCAACAGAAGUGCAAGACAAAAGGCAAACCACCUUGCUCUGGCCAAGUAUUUGGAGACUGUUCUAGCCACUGAAUCUGAGCAAAUCCAGCCUCCAAUUUUAGCCCAAACUGUCAAUCAACCUCUACAGCAAGAUGAUCUUUAUGUUUGGCCUUGGACAGGGAUAAUUAUUAAUAUAAAGAGUAAAUUGCAUGAUUCUGGAUACUUGUUGGAGGAAUUUGCCAAGUACAGACCACUUGAUAUUCAUAUAUUUGAUACUCAGGCUGUGGUAGAUUUUAAUAAUGAUUGGAAUGGUUUCAUGAAUGCUAGUGAAUUUGAGAAAAUGUUUGAAACUGCACAUCAUGGUAAAAAGGAUUGGAAUUCAAGGAAGUUGCAGGCUGGCUCAAACAUUUAUGGAUGGGUUGCACGGGAAGAUGAUUAUAAUUGUGAAGGGCCAAUAGGGGAAUACCUCCGCUACAAAGGAAGGUUGAGGGCAAUUUCGGAUAUUGUUCAUGAAGCAUCUCAAAGCAAAAAUAACAUUGUGGCAAAUCUAGCUAAUGAAAUUGAUAUUAAAAAUGAAAACCUCGACGAAAUGCAGUACAAGUAUAAUGAGAAGACUAUGUCCUUGAGUAGGAUGCUCGAGGCUAAAGACGAGCUACACAAUAAAUUUCUUGAAGAAUCAAGGAUUACGCAGCGCGAGACGCGUAACGAGGUACGAAGGAUCUUGGAAGAACAAGAAAAGUUUAGUACUGAGUUGGAGAAAAAAAGGCGGAAGCUUGAUUCCUGGAGCAGGGCUCUAAACAAACGUGAGGUACUAACUGAUCAGGAGAGGCAGAAACUUGAAGAGGAAAAGAAGAAGAAAGAUUUGAGGAAUGAAUCCCUCUUGUUGGCUUCAAAGGAGCAGAAGAUAGCUGAUGAGAAUGUCUUUAGGCUUGUUGCGGAGCAACAGAGAGAGAAGGAGGAGGCCUUGAACAAGAUCCUUCAGCUGGAAAAAGAGCUAGAUGCCAAACAGAAAUUGGAGAUGGAAAUUCAAGAGCUAAAAGGGAAAUUACAAGUUUUGAAAUAUCAUGCAGAUGAAGAUGAUGCAGCUGUCCAGCAUAAGAUGAAAGAAAUGAAUGAUGAAUUGGAAGACAAAAAAGAAAAUCUGGAGAGUAUGGAGGCCAUGAAUCAACAGCUCUUUGUCAAGGAGCGCCAAAGCAAUGAUGAACUACAGGAAGCUCGUAAAGUAUUAAUAGAAGGGUUAAACGAGAUGCUGAAUAGUCCUAGAACUGAUAUUGGGCUGAAGAGAAUGGGAGAGCUUGAUCAGAAGGUUUUUGUGAAUAGCUGCAAGAAGAGAUUUCCUCUUGAAGAAGCUGGGACAAAGGGUGUUGAGCUUUGCUCUUUGUGGCAGGAGCAUUUGAAGAAUUCAGCUUGGCAUCCAUUUAAAGUGAUCAACGCUGAUGAUAAGCCCGAGGAAAUUGUAGAUGAAGAAGAUGAUAAAUUACGGAAGCUGAAGCAGGAAUGGGGAGAUGAGAUAUAUUCAGCCGUAAUAACAGCUUUGAAAGAAUUGAAUGAUUACAAUCCAAGUGGUCGAUAUACAGUUUUCGAGCUGUGGAACUACAAGGAACAAAGGAAGGCAACAUUGAAAGAGGUUAUCAGUUACAUUGUGAAACAAAUCAGGCCACUUAAGCGCAAGAGUAGACAAGAGGGUAGAAAUAUAUAAGAUCUUAAUGGGAAGAUGGAAAGGAGAACCUUUUUUGGCGGGCUUGUAUCAGUUCUAUCUUGGUGAUUGGCAGCGGGAGAUCUUCAAUAGGUAAAUGGAAGUUAGGAUAUGCAUUAUAUGAAAGUUAGGCUUGUAUAUGAAACAUGUCUACAAUUCUGAUCAUGGUAGCGUUGAACAUCUGUAAUUUAUAAUUUCACCUCUAAAAUUUCACUUAAUACUAUUGAGGUACCAGUUCUGUGUAGGUUCGCUCCGAUUAUUGUAUGUCGAUGGAUGCAACUCAUCAUAUAAUUAACAAAAACUUCGCCUAUUGCUUAUCUUAUACCCC